ACAGUUUACCGUGUGUGUAUCUUGUGACAGUCUACAUCCGCAGUAGACAUGGCAGAGGUCAGACUGGUCUCCGUUGGGGACGACAUCAAACUGUGGGACACUGGUUAUGUUUUGUACAAACAAACCAACCCUCAUGCCCAUAAUGUCUCAUCCAUUGCCUGGAACCAUGAUCGCAGCAUUUUAGCGAGCACCUCCCAGAAUAAUGACAAGAUUGCUCUGAUGUUUGUGAACAACCUAUCUGUGAACCCCCCUCAGAUCCCCAUUGAGAAUAAGGCUGGAGGGUUAUGUGUAGCUUUCAAUACCAACUCGCGGUACUUACUGGUGGGCAGGUCAGACCAUGCCAUAGCUAUCUACGACUGCAAGAAGAAACUAUACAAGAAAACUUACAUGGACCACAAAGGACCAGUGACCAGCGUACAGUUCAACUGGAAUGAUACAUACAUUGCAUCGGGGUCGGAUUCAGGGGAGAUAAUCUUACACAGUGUAGUCACAGGACAGAGUUGUAGCCCUUUAGUGGCCCCCAAUAGUCAGGCAGUGCGUCAGGUACAGUACAGUUACUAUGAGAAGUCCAUCCUGGCGUCUGCAUCAGACGAUGGCUCCAUCUCACUGUGGGACGCCAGUGCGCGACGUCUCCUGCACUCCUUCAACCAAGGUCACCACGCACCUGCCUCUGGAGUGGCGUUCUCACCCCUGAACGCCCUGCUACUGUGCAGUGUAGGGCUGGACAAGAGGAUACUACUGUGUGACACCAGGGGCAGAAAAAUCAUGAACACAAUCACGACGGAGAGCCCGUUGACGUCCAUUGACAUGAAGAAUGAUGGCUCCACAGUGGCGGUGGGGUCAACACGAGGGAAGAUCUAUGUUUACGACAUCCGUCAGGGUAAAACCCCCGUCAAACUUCUAAGUGCUCACCGAUCGUCUGUGCAGGCUAUCAAGUUUAGGAACAUACCAGAAGAUUCAACCACCUCUCAGCUCACUGUGAAGAUGACAGAGAAAAAGCAAUGCUUCUCUCCCAGCCAGUCUAGCCAGCGCCGCCACCUACCUGUGUCCCCCGCUCCACAUAGUGAUCAUACCCACUCACCAGGUCCUUCCAGGAGGAGUGAUACCAUAGAUGGUGAGGCCAUGGAAGGCGUCUUCUCACCUUUACAUGUUCGAGAAGGUCACAGUAGUAAAGAAGAGUCUGGUCUAGACAAUGCAAGUGGCAACAUUUCUUCUGGUCUGGAAGGAGUGGGAGUUGGGUUGUUUUCACCGCUGAAUGACAACAACUCCCUGAAGGUUGGAAGACGUGGGGCAGAGACGACUUACACCACCUCCCCCUUAGUGGGCAACAUGCACACAUCUGUGAACACCUCCAGGGGAGGCAGCUUUACUCUACCUGAGUACCAAGCUACAGCCAGAGAGCCUGUGACCCUUGAUGCUGAGCGAGGCAGUGUUAUGCUUGAAGCCUCCCCUCUCAUUUCCCACCCCUCCUCUCUCAUCUCCCACCCCUCAUCUCUCCACUCUCAUGGCCCUCAGAGGUCAGGCCUAGGAAGCAAAUCAAGUUCUGCCUUUGUUAGCCCUCGUGGCCCUGACAUAUCAGCCUCUCCAAGUCUCCCUAUCACAGAGCGCAUGCAGAUAGACAAAGAAGACGAGUACCAGAGACAAACGAGUGAUGCCCUUCUCCCCAGAAACAUCGACUUUGACGAGAAACAUCCUACAGCUCCCUCCCAGGUGAACGGUGUGCGGUCACACCCAGCUGUUGAGGGCGGAGCUUCUUUCUCCCAGACUCAUAACCAUGGCCAUACCAGCCAGUGGCAUCAAAGUGCCAGGGGAGAUAACUCUGAUACCCCAUUGCUGCAGCAGGCACAGACAUUCCAGGAGCAGAUGUUCCGUAACAUGGUGAAGGAGGCAGUUGAGGAUGUACAUGAUAGCCUGCGGGCAGAGCUGCUCUCUGUACACGUGGAGAUGAUUCGGCAGUUCCAGAUACAACUGGAGGAAAUGAACGCUAUGAUGUCUCACUACUGUGGCAAUGCCGAAUUAGUCGCUGAAGUCAAACGGUUACGAGCUGAAAACGAGAGAUUGAAAAGAAGGAUCUGAUCAGUGGGGGAAACCU